ACUCUGUGAGUUUAGGGCCCCGCGCGCGCGCGCGCGGAGUGGGGGAGAGUCCGCCCAGCUGCCCCAGACCCAGGGCAAGAACGGGUCGCGUUAGCCGCGCGACCCUAGACACCCGCCGCUGCCCAAUUCCCUACCGCCGGCAUGAACCGCAAGAAGCUGCAGAAGUUGACGGACACCUUAAUUAAAAAUUGCAAGCACUUUAAUAAAUUUGAAGUAAACUGUCUUAUAAAUCUUUUUUAUAAUUUGGUGGGAGAAGUAACAGAGCGGCAAGGUACCACCAUUGGGCUAGAUCGUAAUGCAUUUCGAAACAUCCUACACGUGACAUUUGGAAUGACAGAUGACAUGAUUAUGGACAGAGUAUUCCGAGGUUUUGAUAAGGACAACGAUGGCUGUGUAAACGUAUCAGAGUGGAUUUAUGGAUUAUCAGUAUUUCUUCGAGGAACUUUGGAAGAAAAAAUGAAAUAUUGCUUUGAGGUGUUUGAUUUGAAUGGUGAUGGAUUCAUUUCAAAGGAGGAAAUGUUCCAUAUGUUGAAGAACAGCCUACUCAAACAGCCAUCUGAAGAAGACCCUGAUGAAGGAAUUAAAGAUUUGGUUGAAAUAACACUUAAAAAAAUGGAUCAUGACCAUGAUGGGAAGCUGUCUUUCACAGACUAUGAACAGGCUGUAAGAGAAGAGACCCUUCUACUAGAAGCUUUUGGACCAUGUCUUCCUGAUCCAAAGAGUCAUAUGGAAUUUGAAGCUCAAGUAUUCAAAGAUCCGAGUGAAUUCAAUGAUAUAUGAAUACCUAAAUGUGUUGUCUCAAAAUCAUCCCCAGCUCUUCUACAGUCAUCUAGAGCUGAUGGUAAUUCUCAUGUACUGUGGCCAAGAAAGGGUGGCAAUUGCAUUUGACAAGGAAAGAUUAUUAUAAACGACCUAUAAUAAAACAGAAGCUUAAACUAUGCAUAUAUUAAUUACGAUUUGGCAAAUCUUGAGGACUAUGUAAAUCUGGUAAUAUUUCAAAAAGAGGGAGAAGUGAUGUAUUUAUCUUUUCUGAUUCGGUGACUAUGUUCUCUGUUAGAAUGAAGCAGAUGAUCUUCUCAAAUGUUUUCCAGUCUCAGUUACCAUUGAGCCAACCUAAAUACAUACCAAGCAAAUCAAAGUCCUCUUCUCAUGAAACUUGCCCAGUUUUUAAGGGGAGCAGAAAAGGAAGGAAGUCUUAACAGUGGACUAUCCUGCAUGAAACGAAGAAUUCUUCAGCAUUUGAAAUGUCUUUAUCAGAGUGCCAUUAACCUGAGCAAUGGUUAACUGUUCACAGUUCCAUCAGUUGGUAAUUUGUGGCUUUCUGUGUACCUCCUGCCUCCUACCUAAUCCGUCCAAGAAAAUAUUCCUCCCCCUAAGACACACAUCCUCUUGUUUAUUUUCACCUCCCUCCUGCCUGUUAAGCUCUACACUGCCCCUAUUAUGUGGCCCCAGCCAGACUCACAGAGAUUUCCCUGGGUGAGAAGCUUGCUAACUUAAAGGCAUUUGAAUAAAUUGGGUGAAAUACAAGCUGUCCUCCACUUAACCUGAGGUGCACCUUCCUGUCUUCUGUCCCCGUCUCCAAAGUCAGCCCAGAGCUGGGCAACAGUGAGCCUGAAGAUGGAGAAUGGCACAGAAGGAAGCAGAGGAAUUUACAAGUUCUCCUGCAAGAGACAUUUAGAGCUUGUGUCACUACCUCCUGGUAGGAGUGAUUAACUCCAAAGCCCAGGGAAGUCCAGGAGAGUAAUUAAAACCAUUUGGCCAAGUCCUCCUUAAUGACUCCUUCAGAAAUACAAGAGAGUCAGAAAGUGGAAUAAAAUGACUGCUACAAUCUCAAUAAUACAUUAUACAACAAUCCAGAGAGCACUUUUGUUCCAGGUAUUAUGCUAAGUACUUUAUAUUCAUUAUCUUACUCAUUUCUCACAACUACCCUAAGAGGUAAACAUUAUUUACUGUCUUUAUCCUACAUAUUGAGACAAUUGGAGUUUAAGAAAAUCAAGAAACUCCUUCAACAUCUUAACCUGGUCAAGAACAAAGCCAAGAUUCAGACCUCAGCUAGUUCUAACAUUGAAGAUGUUUCUCUAAAGCAAUAUGUAUUCUUCUUGCCAUACAUACUCUUGAUGUUUGAAAUUACUGAGCACCCCUACUUCCUGAAUAAUCUUCAAAUUGCCCCUUCAAGUCACCCUAGAGGUGCUAGGUACCUGGCAUUCUAGUGAACGAGACUGUUGACAACUCUCUUCAAGGGCACUGUUCUCAUCUUUCCUUCUUUAGCUGAAGUUUACAAUUUGGAUGUAAACCUGCCUACAUUUGGAACCAAUAAAAAUCUAAACAUUGUAUUGGAACUGUGCCUUGUCAGGAGUCCACAUGUGGUAAAUGUGAUUCAUGAAUGGUGGCCAAACUGUUAUACUCUGUGGCUCCACGGUCAGCACAGGGUUAGAAGUAAGAUGAGUGCCACCCAACCAACCGUUUUCUCCAAUGGAAGGAGAAAACAGAGGCUGAAACCAUUGCUGGUUUGUGAGGAGGAUGGAAGUCCUUAAGAAAGGAGAGGAAAUGGCUGAACUCCUCAAAUGGAGAAUGUUUCUUGGGCCAUCUUAGGUAGUACCAAAGAAAGAUGUCUAUCUGAAGAAGAUGCCAAUGAUGAGAGGACAUAAUUUAGUGGCAAAUAUUAGCAAUGAUGAUAUGGCCUUUCCUGGGUGCCAGUAACUGGUCCAAGGAUGCUAAUCGAGGUGGAAAUGAAUUUGUAGCCCAGCCAAGACCCUGUUCUAGCUCCAGUGGCCUCUCAUUGUCACAAGGUAUCACAUGGCCUUGCAUGGGUCACACAAACUUAAAAAGUCUGAUAGAAGUGAAAAAUGGUGGAUAUUUUGGUGUGGACAUUGCAUUUGUCAUCCAAACUGAAGAUACUGAGAGAGAAAGGGAAAUGCUAAUAAUUAUACUGGGACAAUGUAACCCCAAGUAAAUUGGGAUAUACAGCCACUUAUGGUAAGCUAUAUACUACUCAAAUUUCAUUUGAUGUAAAAUGAGAAUAAUACCUACUCUCUCUAUCUCAAACACACAAGGUUUUUUAAGAAUUGAAUGUGAUAAUAUCUAUGACAUCAUUUUGUGACCUGUGAAGUACAAUACAAAUACAUAUAUUGAUACAGGUAUGUACUAGACAGUGGAAUCCAUGCUCUGUCUUGGAGCAUGCUUGUGUUCUCAUAUAUAAUGAAGCAAUAAGAAGAACAACAACGUAGAAAUGAGAUGCAUUUGAUUAAAUGUGUGACAUUGCUUAAGCUACUUAGCCAGUAAAAGAAAUCCAAAGGGUAGCUCUAAAAAUAUCUUUAGUAAUCUAGUGUAUUUAUAGACAUGAAUCUCACAAAAUGUGGAUAAAACUUCAAUAUAAACAACACUAGAAUUUUCAUGAUUGGAGUUAGUGAAAUUAUGUCUCCUAUUAACACACAUACACACAUACAUACACAUACAUCUCUCUCCUAACAAACUCACAGACAUACACACAGUGGUUUAUUAUAUUUAACAGACACAUUAGAGUAUCCUGAAUUUCACUCUCACCCUGUCAAGAUACCACUAAUUCUAAAGCAAUCAGUACCAUGCUGUUAAUGAUUACAGUCCUGAUUAACUACAAUCAAGAUGAUGUGUUUGCUAUGCUGGCUCUAAGGUACUGAAAUAUUAAAGAGAAAUGAAUAAGAUGCAUGGUUUGUAUGAAAGCUUAGAAGUCAGAAAUCCACUGAAUAAACAUGAACUUACAUCCAAAUUAUGUGAGCCUCAACUAGCCAAGACACCUUGGUCUACUUGCUAUGUUCUUAAAUUGGAUAGUAUAAAUUUGACUAAGGGCAAA